CACAAACUAUCUUCCCCCAAAACUGCAUGCAUGCCACGACCCAAUUCUCCCCCCCUAUAAAAAAAAAGGGCUUCUCUUUCCACUGAUAUGCACACACAGUUUCAAGUUAAGAUGGAGAAGAGUCUCGUGGUUCUCAUGGUUGGCUUCUUCCUGGCCAUUUCUUGGGCAGCCGGACCGCAACUGGCCGGUGCUACUCGCACCGGCCAUCCCCUGAAGGGAAUCCUGGCCGUCACUCCAGACGGCCGGGGCCUCCGGGGAGACUGGUGCCAGUGGCAGGGAGACAGCUGCAACUGGACUGCAACUGGAGUAAAACUUGCUGCGAAGGGUACUGCACGGCGUACACGGAUGGCACGUGCGUAUGCGUCGGAGAAGGCGGCACUUGUGGGCUCCAGCACGGCUGCUGCCCUAACUACAAAUGCGACGGCUACUUUUCCGGCACCUGCAUCUCCCGGAGCCAAGGCCUGCAGCUUUCUGCUGCCAUAACUACGACGUCGUCUUAAACCAUAUCAUAUAUAUCUGCUGGCCGCAUAUAUACUACGACGUGUAGUAUUGAUGCAUGCGUGCAUGAAGCCCUACUUGCUAAUCUGUGUGUGUAUCUUUUCUAUGUAUAUGUAAUGAAAAAUAAAACCAAUAAGUUUUUCACUUUUGAUCAAAAUUAAGGUUUUGACUUUUG